AUGGUCGACGACUCCAUGUUGGUGGCGGUAGCCAAGGCCGUGUCCUCUCUCGCCGCCGACCCCAAGCCGUCCUCCCCCUCUAUAUCUACCAGUAUUGGGUCCCGAAUCACCCUUCCUGGCCCUGAGACGGCUGCCAAACGAGCUCUGGAGAUUGAGCUUCAGAAACUCUCUCUGCGAGUGGGACAGCUCGAAAACAGAGCAAGUGCAUCGGCCACGGCUGUAUUUCCCGAAACGCCAAAUGAAGUCAACGACUCCCUCUUUGGCGAUGACACUGGCUCAUCGCCCGCGGGCCACCGAGGGGCAAUUUCGAGCAAGUCGAAAUUGGCCCACGCGCAUCAAGGUAGCUUGGAUUGUCCGAAACUUUUACCUCGCCAGCUGACCAAGGAAGCCCUGGAAGGACUGCGAGACCAUGUGGACGACCAGUCCAAGCUCCUCGAUAGCCAACGACAGGAGCUGGCCGGCGUCAACGCCCAACUUCUCGAACAAAAGGAGCUGCAAGAACGAGCUCUCGCCAUGCUUGAGCAAGAGCGUGUGGCUACCCUGGAAAGAGAGCUGUGGAAACAUCAAAAAGCCAACGAGGCCUUCCAAAAGGCCUUGCGAGAAAUUGGUGAAAUCGUCACCGCCGUCGCUCGUGGUGACUUGACCAUGAAGGUCCGCAUGAAUACAGUCGAAAUGGAUCCCGAAAUCACAACCUUCAAGCGAACCAUCAAUGCAAUGAUGGAUCAGCUGCAGAUCUUCGCUAGCGAAGUAUCUCGGGUCGCCCGUGAAGUCGGUACUGAGGGUUUACUUGGAGGUCAGGCCCGCAUAGGUGGUGUCGACGGAACAUGGAAGGAACUAACAGAUAAUGGUAUAUUCCUCGUUCUCCUCCUCACCCCCGUUUUACAUCUUUUCCUUUCGGUAAACGUCAUGGCUCAAAACCUCACCGAUCAGGUGCGCGAAAUUGCUUCCGUCACAACAGCCGUCGCACACGGCGACUUGACCAAGAAGAUUGAACGACCAGCCAGAGGUGAAAUUCUUCAACUUCAGCAAACCAUCAAUACCAUGGUGGACCAGCUGCGAACUUUUGCUUCUGAAGUCACCCGAGUCGCCAGAGAUGUGGGAACUGAAGGUAUUCUGGGUGGUCAGGCUGACGUUGGGGGGGUGCAGGGCAUGUGGAAUGACUUGACUGUCAAUGUCAACGCCAUGGCCAACAACUUGACGACUCAAGUGCGAGACAUUAUUAAGGUCACCACAGCUGUCGCGAAGGGAGACCUCACCCAGAAGGUGCAGGCAGACUGCAGAGGGGAAAUCUUUGAACUGAAGUCUACAAUCAACUCCAUGGUUGACCAACUCUCCCAAUUCGCCAGGGAAGUCACCAAAAUUGCUCGGGAAGUCGGUACUGAGGGCCGCCUCGGUGGUCAAGCCACUGUACAUGAUGUUGAAGGAACCUGGAGAGAUUUGACGGAGAAUGUAAAUGGCAUGGCCAUGAACCUGACUACACAAGUGCGAGAGAUUGCAAAGGUCACCACCGCCGUCGCCAAGGGCGAUCUGACCAAGAAAAUUGGCGUCGAAGUCAAGGGAGAAAUCUUGGAACUGAAGAAUACUAUCAACCAGAUGGUGGACCGCCUGGGGACGUUUGCUGUCGAGGUGAGCAAGGUGGCGCGAGAGGUCGGCACGGAUGGCACGCUGGGUGGCCAGGCACAGGUCGCCAAUGUCGAGGGUAAAUGGAAAGACCUCACCGAAAACGUCAACACCAUGGCUUCAAACCUGACCGUUCAGGUGAGAAGCAUCUCUGCCGUCACACAGGCUAUUGCGAACGGUGACAUGAGUCAAACUAUUGACGUGGAAGCCAACGGAGAAAUACAAGUAUUAAAAGAAACCAUCAACAACAUGGUGUCGCGACUGUCGAGUUUCUGUUACGAGGUGCAACGAGUCGCAAAGGAUGUCGGUGUCGAUGGAAAGAUGGGUGCUCAAGCUGACGUAGCUGGCCUGAACGGACGGUGGAAGGAAAUUACCACUGACGUGAACACAAUGGCUAGUAACUUGACGACCCAAGUGCGGGCUUUUUCCGAUAUCACGAAUUUAGCUACGGACGGAGAUUUUACCAAGCUUGUCGACGUGGAGGCGUCUGGUGAAAUGGACGAGCUGAAACGAAAGAUCAACCAAAUGAUUUCAAACCUGCGAGACAGUAUCCAGAGAAACACACAGGCAAGAGAAGCUGCCGAGUUGGCCAACAAAACCAAAUCCGAAUUUUUGGCAAAUAUGUCUCACGAAAUUCGAACGCCGAUGAACGGCAUCAUCGGCAUGACUCAACUGACGCUGGACACCGACUUGACUCAGUACCAACGCGAGAUGCUCAAUAUCGUCAACAACCUUGCCAACAGUCUACUGACGAUUAUCGACGACAUCUUGGAUCUUUCCAAGAUCGAGGCUAGGAGAAUGGUGGUUGAAGAGAUCCCGUAUACGUUGCGAGGAACUGUUUUCAAUGCCCUCAAAACCCUGGCUGUCAAGGCAAAUGAGAAGUUCCUGGACCUCACCUACAAGGUGGACAGUUCCGUUCCUGACCAUGUGAUCGGAGACUCGUUCCGUCUUAGGCAGAUUAUUCUCAACCUUGUGGGCAACGCCAUUAAGUUUACAGAGCAUGGCGAAGUUAGUCUCACCAUCAAAGAGAGGGCAAAUCAGCACGAGGUGGGUAUGGGAGAGUAUGCCAUUGAGUUUGUCGUCGAAGACACUGGUAUCGGCAUAGCCAAGGACAAACUGAACCUCAUUUUCGAUACAUUCCAGCAAGCCGAUGGCUCUAUGACUCGCAAGUUUGGUGGUACAGGACUCGGUCUAUCCAUCUCCAAACGUCUUGUUAAUCUCAUGGGAGGCGAUCUUUGGGUGCUCAGCGAGGCUGGCAAGGGCAGCCAAUUUCAUUUUACGUGCCGAGUCAGGCUUGCCGCUGACGACACUGAAGGCACCCUGAAACAGCUCAAGCCUUAUCGUGGUCACCAGGUCCUGUUUGUGGACAAGGCGCAGUCAAGCUCUGGUGCAGACAUCAAGGACAUGCUGGAGCAAAUUGGCCUGCACCCUGUUGUGGUUGAUUCCGAGAAGAGCUCUGCUCUCACUAGGCUCAAGGCAGGCGGCGCAUUGCCGUACGAUGCCAUACUAGUCGAUUCUAUCGACACAGCGAGAAGACUGAGGGCAGUAGAUGACUUCAAAUACUUGCCGAUCGUCCUCUUGGCACCUGUUGUCCAUGUCAGCCUCAAAUCUUGUCUGGAUCUAGGUAUCACAUCGUACAUGACAACACCAUGCACGUUGGUAGAUCUCGGCAAUGGCAUGGUACCGGCGCUGGAGAACCGAGCAACCCCGUCAUUGGCCGAUAACACCAAGUCACUGGAGAUUUUGCUCGCAGAAGACAACACGGUGAAUCAACGAUUAGCCGUCAAGAUUCUGGAGAAAUACCAUCAUGUGGUUACCGUUGUGGGCAAUGGAUGGGAGGCCGUCGAAGCUGUCAAGGAGAAGAAGUUUGAUGUAAUCCUGAUGGAUGUUCAAAUGCCCAUCAUGGGGGGUUUUGAAGCUACUGGGAAGAUCCGAGACUACGAACGUGGUAUGGGCACACACAGGACUCCAAUCAUCGCCUUGACGGCACACGCGAUGAUGGGUGAUCGUGAGAAGUGUAUCCAAGCUCAAAUGGAUGAGUAUCUGUCUAAACCACUGCAACAAAAUCACCUCAUUCAAACAAUUCUCAAGUGCGCCACGCUAGGCGGACCAUUAUUGGAGAAGAAUAGGGAGAGAGAGCUGGCAAUUCAGGCCGAUGCAAAGUCGAGGAACAGUAAAGCAGGAGAACAAGGGUUACUCCGCCCAGGCCUAGAAAACCGAUCCAUGACCAGCCGAGAACCAGUGACAAGCAAAGAUGGAGAGAGUCCAUCAAUCAUUCCGGCGGAAGAGGACGACCCGUGGGCUCGGCAGCGACGCGACAUUUCUGACAUGCGUAGCAUCUCUGGUUAA